CUUUGCUCCUUUAUUAUUAUUUUUUUAUUCAACUCCACAUCUGAGAUUCCUUGUCUUGCUGGAGGGAAGGAAGAGAAACCUCAGAAAGAGACAGAAGUUUAAGGGUCCUGCCAAACGGGUGCCAAAAGCAGCACAUUAAGAGAUGUCCAACAACAUGGCCAAGAUUGCAGAGGCCCGUAAGACGGUGGAGCAGCUCAAACUCGAGGUGAACAUCGACCGGAUGAAGGUAUCCAAGGCUGCGGCCGAUCUGCUGGCUUUCUGUGAGGCCCAUGCCAAAGAAGACCCACUGGUGACACCUGUGCCAUCUUCUGAAAAUCCAUUUCGGGAGAAGAAGUUAUUUUGUACUCUUCUGUAAGGAGCUGGAAGUGGGCCCCCAUGACCAGAGUGGUGGUGUAUUUUUACAUGUAUUUGAGGAUGGACUUUUUCAAUGUGAAGUAAUCAGUGAAAAA